CACACAUAUAAAAUGAAAUAAAAUAUUCUUUUAAAAGUUUUAAUAAAAAUCUUCAAAAUCAUUUAUUAAAACUAUAACUUUCAACUAAUUUAAAAAAUUAAAGAAAUAAACAUAAUAUUAUUAUUAAUCAUAUUAUUGAUAAUUAUUAUAUUUUAUUACAAUAGUAUGUUUUUAUAUUUUUAUAAUGUUAUAAUAUGUUAAUAUUGAUAAUUUAUUAUUAAACCGUUACAAUAUCUUAUAAUUAACCAGUCACAAAUAUUCUACAAACGUAACAAUUUUUAAACAUUAUGCCAGUCAUGCAAAACGCUUGAUAACACUUAAAAUUUGCAACCAGCCGCAUCCUCAAACUCACGCAUCUGCAAUUUCAACCGAUGUGUUUGAACCAGUCGAGUCCUAAAUUAAUAUAAAACAUAAAUGAUAAUUUUAAAUAACGUAGAUUAAGGCUUCGAAUGGUAUGUAGAUCAAGUAGAACAAGUGCAUAUCAUGCAGAACAAAUGCAGAUCUAACUAUUUAAGUUAAUUUAUCGAAUAAGUGUAUUUAACCGAAUGUUAAAAAUAAUUUUGUAAAUUAAAUAUCUAAAACAAAAAUACAAAUUUUAAUCAAUUAUUUUUUAUUAAUUUAAUAAACACAAAGAAAGUUUAAACAUUAUAAAAAAAGGUAAACACAGUUACAACAAAAAACCGUAAAACAAAAAAAUUAUCAUUCUAAUAAAUAUAUUGAAAUUUGAAAUUAUAUAAAAUUCAUUAAAAUGAUAAAGAGUAUUCAUUUUCCUUUUAAUUAUUUUAUAGUCCAAAUUAAAAUCCAAUUAAGAUCCAAAGACCUUAAUUAGGGCUGGACAUAAAACCCUAACCUGAAUUUCGAACCGAAUCUGAACCGAAAAACUGACUCGUACCAAGUCCAAAAUGUACAAAAAUAUAUGAAUGGGUUUUGUAGGGUGUUAUAAAAUAUAUCCGAACCGAAAGUGUUAUUAACUGAACCCAAACGGGUGAAAAAACUGAAAAAUAUCUAAAAAAACUGAUCUCAAUGUCCAAAUUUAUAUAAAAAAAAUAUAAAUAUUUAAAAAAUAAAUAUAUACUUAAAGUAUUAAAUUUCAUAUUUAUUUUGAUAUGAUAUCUUCCAAUAAAUAUUUAAAAUUUAAAUAAGUAUCUUAAAUACUUCAUUCUAAGUAUAUAACUAUAUUUUUUAUGUUUUUCUUUUAAACUUAAAUUUUAUUUUUGGUAUAUCCGAACUGAGAUGAUAUAAUCUGAAUCCAAGCGAUAUAUGGUUAAUUUAUAUGGAAAUAUUAUUUACUUUUUGUAAACAUUAUACAUAAUUUUACUGUUCAUAUUAAAAGGACCAAAACAACAUAUCCAUUAUACAAAUUGCAACAAUUUUUUUUAAAAACUAUGAAUAUGCAAACUAAAUAUAUCUAAUUUUCUAUUAGCAUAUUUAUAGAAGAUCAUAUAAAUAAGAGUAUCUAUUUUAUAUAUCAUUGCUAUAAAUAAACUCAGCUAAAAAAUAAAUUGUUAUAUAAAUGAGAAAUAAUAAUAUUAAAUCAUACAUUUAAAGAGAUUUUUGAUUAAUUUAAAAGUUAGUGAAAUGAGUUAAAUGAGCUUUUAAUAAGUAAAAAAUAAAAAGAAAAAACAUGCUGGUAAUCACAUCCCACCUGCAUCCGACCCUUGCCCAUUUUCUUCUUGCCCAUGCAGUUCAAAAUUAACACAUUAAUGUAUCUGCGUGCAGUUUUUUAAUUAUUUUAAAUUAUAAUUUUAUUUUGGUCUGCAUUUUAAAUGUUGAAUGGGUAACAAAUGCAGUACAAACUGCAAAUUAAGCAAUCUGCAUGUAUCUUGUAUUUUGUUCUACAUUUCAUUCAUAGCUUAAAAUUAAAGUUAAAAACAGCAGAAGGGCAGAACCAAUCACUCCAUAAUCAUGUUCAAAAAUUUUAACAGAAUGAAUCCGAUCCAAAACGUGUCGUGGGUUUGGAUGUCGAACCUAUUUUCUGCCCACCACUAUUUUUGUAUAGGACUGGACAAAAAAAAACGAAUUCGAAAAACUGAACCUGAUACCGAAAAUUAGUUCCGAAUCCGAAACAAAAUUAAAUAUCCAAACGGGUUCAAAAUUGGUAUUUAGAGAACCAAAACCGAUUAUUGAUCCAUACAUGGGAGUUAUUGAGACAAGUGGAUUAUUAGAUUUGGAACAAACAUGGUGUAGCACCUGCAACACCUCGACUCUUCCACCGGUGGGAAUCUCAACGACACAACUCACCCCGUGGAUCCUAUGGCACCUUUGGCUUGCGAGAAACAACGUGUGUUUUAACAACAGACAUGUAGCACCGCAGGACACUCUAACGAAGGCAAUGGCGGCAGCACGCGAGUGGACCACUAACCAAGUAAAGGAGAUAAAGACUAGCCGGAGCCUAUUACGACAAGAACCAACAGCGGUGGGGACUUCUCUGUUACAAACAGAUGCGGCGUGGAACUCAACUACUUUCAUUGCAGGUUUAGGAUGGGUGAUAAAGAAGGGAGGAGAGACUACGACAUCAACCUCCUUUUCAAAGUUUGUGGGAUCCCCGCUGGUUGCAGAGAGCAUGGCCAUACGAGCAGCUUUACAUAACUGCAUAGAUGCUGGAAUUACGAGAGUAAGGUGUGAAUCAGAUUCCACCCAACUAAUCAAGGCGAUAACUUCUCCCUCGGGGAACAUGGAGAUCUAUAGCAUCGUGGCAGAUAUUUUGAAGCUCACUCUGUAUUUUGAUGUUUUUUCUUUCCACUGGAUAUCUAGGGAAAAGAAUAGAGAGGCUGAUUUUUUAGCCAAGCAAUGUUUAGUUGUAUCACAGGCAGUGGCCUUAAACUCUGGUACCUAACUUUUAAGAAGAAUUAAUGUUACUGUGUUUCAAAAAAAAAAAAUGUAUCUGCGUGAAGUUUUUUAAUUAUUUUAAAUAAUAAUUUUAUUUUGGUCUGCAUUUUAAAUGUUGAAUGGGUAACAAAUGCAGUACAAACUGCAAAUUAAGCAAUCUGCAUGUAUCUUGUAUUUUGUUCUACAUUUCAGUCAUAGCUUAAAAUUAAAGUUAAAAACAGCAGAAGGGCAGAACCAAUCACUCCAUAAUCAUGUUCAAAAAUUUUAACAAAAUGGAUCCGAUCCAAAACGUGUCGUGGGUUUGGAUGUUGAACCUAUUUUCUGCCCACCACUAUUUUUGUAUAGGACUGGACAAAAAAAAAACGAAUUCGAAAAACUGAACCUGAUACCGAAAAAUUAGUUCCGAAUCCGAAACAAAAUUAAAUAUCCAAACGGGUUCAAAAUUGGUAUUUAGAGAACCAAAACCGAACCCGAUCCAAACCGAAGUAUUUUGGGUGCCCGAAUGUAUCUGAAAUAGAUUUAUAUAUCUAAAUAUAUUGAUUAUUUUUUGGUUUAAUGCAUAUUAAAAACAUCCAAAAUAUAUAAAAUACUUUUUAGUUAUCCAAAAUACUUGAAGAUAUCUACAAAUAGUCAUAAGCAAGUAUCAAAAAUAGCUAAAAUAUACUCAAAAUAUCAAAAAUACUUGAAUUAUCUAUUGGGUUUUUUAUGACAAAAAAAAUCUAUUAAUUUUAUAUCCAAAUAUUCAAACCAAACCAAUAUAUAUAUUAAGUUUAGUUAUUUUAGAUAUGUUAUUCAAAUUUAUAUGUAAUAUAUUAUUUGUUUAUAGAUUUUGAGAAACUUAAUGUAUAUAAUGAAUUUUAAAAUUUUAAAAUAAUUUAAAUGAGUUAUCCGAACCGGAACCGGUAAAGAUCCGAACUGAGUAACCGAAAUUUAGAAAUAUCUGAAUGAGGCUGAAAUUUUUGAUCCAAAAAUCUUAAACCCGAAUGAAUGAGUACCGAAUUCGAAUGGGUAUCCGAUCCUGUCGUCUGGGUGGGUUUGGAUUUCGAAUCCUGUUUUCUGCCCACUACUAUUUUUGUAGAUUAAAAAUUUCCAGUAUUGGCAUAAACUUGUUGGCCUUCGCCGAAUCGUUUUCAAGAAAAUUAUUUGUUGGAUUUGCUUUGACACAAAAAGUCAAAUAUAAUAAGCCUUUUAAAUAUCGACUAGCGCCCGCCAUAUCACCGAUUCAUUUCCAAGUAGCCACUUCCAUUUUCAAGAUCUGAAUAACCAAAGUGUCAGAAUCUGUGUAGAAAUCUUUUUUCCUAAAUGGCGUAUACCAGCGAAGAAAUGAAGGAGAAGCUUAAGCUAUACUCUUACUGGAGAAGCUCUUGUGGCCAUCGUGUGCGUAUAGCGCUCAGUUUAAAAGGGAUUGAAUAUGAAUAUAUACCAGUGAACUUGCUCAAGGGGGAGCAGUUUGAUCCAGAUUUCAUGAAGAUCAAUCCAAUGGGUACUGUGCCUGCGCUUGUUGAUGGAGAGGUAGUGAUUACUGAUUCUUUUGCCAUUAUUAUGUAUCUAGAUGAGAAGUAUCCUGAACCCCCGUUGUUACCUCGUGACCUCCAUAAACGAGCUCUAAAUUACCAGGUUGCGAGUAUUAUCUCCUCUGGUAUACAGCCACAUCAGAAUCUAGCUGUUAUUAGGUACAUCGAGGAAAAGACAAAUGGUGAAGAGAAAAUUGCUUGGAUUAAUAACGCUAUCAGAAAAGGAUAUACAGCUUUGGAGAAGCUCUUGGUGAAUUACGCUGGAAUAUAUGCAACUGGUGAUGAGAUUUACUUGGCUGAUCUGUUUCUAGUAGCCCAAGUCCAUGGUGCUAUGAUCAAAUUCAAGAUUGAUGUGGAACCGUACCCGACUCUUGCGAAGUGUUAUGAGUCAUACAAGGAACUGUCUGUGUUUGAAGAUGCAGUCCCAGCCAAGCAGCCAGAUGCUCCAGCUCCAAUGAUUUGAUUAUGCGAAACAGAAAAAACCUUGUAACAUUCAUGUUUAAUUAUUUUCAGUUUCCUUUCAAAUGAUCACAAUAUAAUUAUUACAAAGUUAGUUUCACAAAGCUGCCUAACAGAGCCCUAGUGACUGUAUUGCACUAUUAGCUAUAUAUUUUAAGUGGAAAAACAAUUUAUUCUUCCUUCAGCUACUUUUAUACCAAUCAGGUGAAACAUUUUUCCAACUUUUACUUUGGUCACUGUUUAGAAAAGAGUAAAACAACUUGUGCUUUUUCCCUCUUGAUUUGUGAAAAAAAAAUGUUGUGCUGAAUUUGUUUUUUUUUUGUUUUAUUAUUGACUCUUACAUUUUCCUCUCAUUUCCUCCAACUUUAAUCCUCUUCUUAUUAUUUGAUGAGAAAUUUUAUAAAUAAACCUUGGUUUCAUGUGUGAUUCACAAGUUUGUCAUUAUUUAUGUGUUACAUUCUACAUCACAUCCUUUUUUAAUAGCCUUCUUUAGCUUAGACUAAUUUACAUGUCAUGCUAUUGGCACAAACAUAUAGUAUAUGUUUCAUUUUAUACAUCUUUAUUCUAAGCAUCUUGCCUAAUAUCCUAACCGCAUAUCUUAGCCGAACGGGUGGUUAGCAAAAGAAACAUAAGUCAUUCACUUAAGAAAUGUAUCCCAUGAUAAAUUAAACCAAACGCAUGAUUCCUUUAUUGUAUAUUCUCGAUUUGCCGACCAUGUUCUUGAUUAUAUUAUCUAUAGAAUAAAAAUUAUAAUCUCUUUUAUUGCAUAUUUUCUAUUUGUCGACCAUAAAAACUAUUAGUUAUGUAUAAAUUUGAAUAUGGAAAUAACAUAAUCAAUAAUAUACAUAAUCUAUAUUCGGGUUGUCUAUUCAAAAAUGUAUUUUGUAUUUUUAUAAUGCAUACAUUUGACCAUAAAGAUAACAUAAUCAAAAAUAUAAGUACGUAUAUUCGAUCAUGUCAAAAAUAUAAGUAUUUGACCAUAUAAAUAACAUAAUCAAAAAUAUUAUCUGAAUUUACUAGGAAUGGAGAUAACAUAAUCAAAAAUAUGUUAAUUUGUGUUAUCAUAUAAAUUUGGAAAGAAAACAUAAAUAACAUUCGCCAUGAUUGAUCGUUUUACUAUAUGAACAUAGCCUAAGAUCUUAAAUCUUAAUGGUCAAAGAGGAGAUGCUAUAUUUGAUCCCAAUUUUCAAAUAAUUAUGGAUGUUGACCAAUUAGGAAUUUAUUUUGACUUCAUUUUAGGCAUAAACUUUUUUAUUAGAUUAGUCAAUUAGGGAUUUAUUUUAACUUCAUUUUAAGCAUAAAAAUAUUCAUUUGAUUAUUCAAUUUAAUAGAUGAUUAAAUUGAAAUAUUAAUGAUAAUGACAUUAUUUCGUAAACAAGCUAAAUAUCAAAAUAUAUAUGUCUAUACGCAGUAGACGGGAUAAGUGGGAUUGAUAUUUGAUCAUACAAAUCUAGGAAUACAAUACGCUAAAUAAUUUGUGAGUAUAAUACGAUUAUAGCUACUUCUACUUUAUCAAACGCAGGAUAUACAAAAUUUAUGUUGCUAAAGUUUAUACAUAUUAAAAGCCUUAUGCAGUAUUCAUUUUGUGUUAAAUGAUCAUCUCAUCCCGCGCAAGACGCGAGUUAUUACCUAGUUAUUCUAGCAUUUGCCAAUCACACUUCAUAUUCAUUCAUUGCAAAGAAAACAUCAUGGAACGGUUCUGAUUGCCUUCAAGCUUUUAAAUCUAGUGGUUCCAAAUGAAUUUUGACCAAAAAAAUGGUUCCAAGUGAAUGAUACAGCUGCUUACUAAACCUUUGUCUAAUAGAAACUUUAAAGGAAACAAAAAGGUUUUUCUCUAUGUAUCUUUUUUAAGAAAAUUAUUUAAUUGAAUUUUUAAACUCUUAACUAAAACUAAUGAUUCCAAAUGAAUGAUACAGCUGCUGAAUUGGGCAAAGUAUUUGCUGCUGGACUUUUUUAGUAAAAGGCUUCAAAGCUUUCUAAAGGUUUCAACCCGAUUGUGUUAAAAAUUGGUUUGCGUUUCGAAUUCUCUCUGUACUACACAAUAGCUUUAUGAAUCUGUGAAGAAGAAGAAUUCAAUUUUUGUUGAUCUUCCCGUGCCUUCACUCAGUUUAGCUUUGAGUGAUUAUAAUUCUUUGAAUAUGCGGAUCCAGGCACAGAGAAGAAAGAGAAGAUGAAGCUCUAGUGUGCUCAUAGUGUCCGUAUUGCCCUUCCUUUAAAAGUCUUUCUCGCCCAUGACUAUUUCUUUCCCUUCUACUCAUUUUGUGACCUGAUAAUGUUUUUUCUUUUCCAUCUGAAUUGGUACUUUAGUUUCCAGUCUUUGUUUUGAUUCGGAUCCAG